AUGGACUCGACGUCAAGCACAUCGACGUGCCUUCGCAAAGCUAUAAGUAAGGCCACUUUCUUGACCUCCUUUCCUGGCCUUGUCCAUCAUCACACCACUCCCCAAAGCAAUCCGCUCAAGAUGAAGUUCUCCACCGUCCUCGCCCUUGCCACCGCUGCCGGCGCCGCCAUGGCCAGCCCCAUCUCGACCGAGUCCAACGAGACCACCGAGAACCUCUCCAAGCGUCAGUCGAUCAACUACGUGCAGAACUACAACGGCAACGUCGCCAACUUCAAGUACAACCAGGGUGCCGGUACCUACUCUGCCAACUGGAACAACCCUCCCGACUUUGUCGUCGGUCUCGGCUGGAGCCCGGGUAGCGGAUCGCGCACGGUCAACUUCUCCGGCUCCUACUCGACCAACUCUGGCUCGUACAACGCCGUGUACGGCUGGCUCAACAACCCUCUGACCGAGUACUACGUCGUCGAGAACUACUCCUACGACCCUUGCUCCGUCGGCGGAAGCCAGACCGUCGGUUCCGUCACCUCGGACGGCUCCACCUACAAGAUCUGCAAGCACACCCAGACCAACCAGCCCUCGAUCCAGGGCACCAAGACCUUCGGUCAGUUCUUCUCGGUCCGUGCCAACAAGCGCAACUCGGGCUCGGUCACCCUCUCGAACCACUUUAACGCUUGGAAGAAGUACGGCUUCGCCAACGGCGCCGCCAACCCCGACUUCAACUACCAGGUCUUUGCCACCGAGGCCUUUGGCGGCUCCGGUUCGUCGUCCAUGACCAUCUCUGGUUAA